ACGCUAUCCAAACAGUCAACAUUGAUACGCUUAAAUAAUAAGACUGCCGCGCGACAGCGAUAGAAUUUCCGCCUCCAUCGUGCGCGCAUCUCGCUCAUGGGGAGACACAAUGGUCCUCGUGGCGUGGCGUCAGCUGGGAUCUUCGUACGCUAGUGUAUCGUUCAUAGACAACCAUAAUGGGUAUUAUGAACAAUGUGGCAUUGUGUCGGUAGGUACGCGGUAAUCGAUAAAUCUACGAUUUAUCGAUUACCAGGGAACGGAAUGUGGAUACGAAAUCCACACUUGUAACGGCGGGAGUUCCGGCGAAAGUCGCCAUCCGAUGCACAUUGCUUUUAAUUGCGCCGCAUAAGAUCGAGCGUUUGUGUAAAUUCCGUAAAAUUCUUCAGCGAAUUUUAAUUAUCCGAUAAUUAACGCACAUAUAUACACACGUGUACGUGUAGCGCAGCAAUUGCCGGCUGAGCGCGUAUCGCUACACAGAACUGGCGACUGCGUUCCGAAUAUAUUGUUGAUUUAAUUAACUAGCGGAAUUAACCAUUUCGCGAGCGGGCACUCUUGCUCAUUGGUGCAUCGCAGGCAGUCAGUCUGGCUUUUGUUCACCGUCAGUCUCGUUCAUUGAAAGUCCGAUUACAAGAUAAACGCGAUUCUGCCGGCGAAUUGACGUCAAAAUCGACCUUGGUGCGUACAUCAUUCGCGGUUUUAAGACAGUGGGAGUCAACCAUCGUGCAGUGAUAAUCUUGAUGAUUACCAUAUUAUAUUUCGUUACUCGCGCUUAUAUGAAAAUAUGUCUCGAAUUGCGUUUUUAUUUCUCCUCAACAAUCAAGUUCGAUCCCGCAUUUCCAUUGUUCUCCUUUCACACGACGAUUCUCAUUUGUAUUAUAACGUAAUGAUUUGCAUUAAUUAGAGCCGCGCAGCGUUGCGCCGCAGCUAUUUGGAAUCGUUUUUAUCAGUGAGUCCUUGUACUGUUCAGCCGUUGCUAGAGACGUUUAGCGACUCUAAAUGAGAUUUUAAGAACCCAAUUAUUCAGGAACAUACUUAAAAACGAGAGACCAAUUUCGUCCGCUCGCGUCGGAAGUGGAACAAAAUCGCUUUCGAAGCUACUCGAAGCUACUCGUUCCCGCUGUCCAUGCGAAAAUCCAAUUGAAAUGUAACGCGACUCCGCCCGAACUGACGUUAAGUGCGUUACAACAAAUUAUCUCAAUUAGUGCACCGAGCUAAUUGCGGUCUUUUGACUGUCCAUACGAAUGGCUGACAAUACGUGAGUAAACAAUAACUCUCUCGAUGUAAACUAUUAUCGACGCGAAAUGUAUUAUUCGUGAAAUACGAGUAUAUUAAUUUAUCAAGCUUUUUUGCAUCAAUUAGCAUCAUACCGCACAUUUGUCGCGCAAAGCUGCAGUAAUUGACGAAAAGUAUGCAUUUCAGUCGUGAUUACUUGGUUUCAUCAUUAAUGUCAAAAGAUUCGUUCGAUUUGAGCUAGUUCUCCAGUGUCGCUGGGAUCAUGAGACCUUUCCGAAGUGUUUUUAGCAAACAAGACAUGGAGUGGUCGAAAACUCUCGCGCUAACCGAGUGUGCGGCCGUAAUGCGCGCGUUAUUAAGCGCCGAUUCAAUUACGGAGCUUUAUCGUCGAAGGAUCCAAAGAUGCCACUGUCGGAGUUCCGCAAGAAAAAAUUACUCUUCGUCUUCAACGCUUUCUUCGAUGUUAAUCAAAGCGGUACUAUCGACAAGAAGGAUUUCGAUCUCGCUGUGCAACGAAUCUGCAACUCUAGACAUUGGAAGCCGGACGAUUCCACGUCGCAGCACACUAAAGACACUCUGAUUAAAGUGUGGGAUGGGCUGAGACAACGAGCCGACGCUGAUCAGGACGGACAGAUCAGCCGAGACGAGUGGUACUCGAUGUGGGAAGAGUAUGCGAAAGAUCCGGCACAUGCACUCGAAUGGCAACAGACAUACAUGAACUUCAUGUUCGAUCUCGAGGAUUCUUCGGGUGACGGAUCGAUCGACGAGACCGAAUUCAGCAAGGUGUGCGGCAGUCACGGUGUCGAGGAGGCCGAGGCACGCGAGGCAUUCAAGAAAUUGGAGGUGGGCCAGGAAGUGACUCGCGAGAAAUUCGCCGAUCUGUGGAAGCAAUAUUUCUGCUCCGACGACCCGAACGUACCUGGUAACUUUAUAUUCGGAAAGACUUCUUUCUAACUUCGCCACCCUAUGAGAUUGAAAAGGCGUGCAUGUAUUUUCGUGGCAAAUUGUUAUUUUAUGUAAUAACUCUAUGACAUCCGCGCUAAAAAGGUAUGUAACCGUAGCUCUGUUAAUCUACUAGAAAAACUCUAUAUUUCGUUUACCACUCGCCCGUGUACUCAUACUGAAUUAAUGAAUGUAACUGUGAACACGAAACAACUGAGAAAGAACUUUAUAUUAAUGCUCCUCUUAUUCUUUGUCGUUAUUUGGUUUGUGCAAUCGCGUGCGGUCGUGUGCGCAAAUUACAUUUUUUCGUCUCCAUGCAAAGUGAAUUUCGCAGUCGAGUACAGUAGAAACUUCACAAAAACGGCUUACGUUUGCAGAUUUAUCUAUCGCGUUGCUAAGCACUUUUAUUGCGUCUGCAAUCGACUGGUGCAAAUCAAAACACAGGACUGGCAGAACAGAAUGGGAGGAAUUUACGUUACAGCUUUUUCUUUCGUUGCCGCGUUUUCGUGCGAUCCAAUAUUACUUUGACAAUACUUGCAAUAGAUUUCCCAAAUUGCCAAUUUCGAAACUUGCCAGCUUCUCUUUACACUUUUAACGCCAAGAUUGAAAUAUCCUGUGGGAUCCGUGAAAGAUACGUUAAUUUACCCGUAUGCUAAAUAUUUCGCAGUGAACACGUGUUCACGUAUCUAUUUAUCAUUAUGGCAUAUAUCUCCUCUCUCUUCUUUCAAUCGCCACCGAAAAGCUAAUUACACCACGUAGCGUGUAAAUAAAUGCCCUUGCAAAAAUUAUAAAAGCGGUUAUGCUGUUUCGAUACAUGAGAUAGAGAUAGAUAGAUAGAUAGAUAGAUAGAUAUAUAUAUAUAUAUAGAGAGAGAGAGAGAGAGAGAAAUAGAGAGAAAAGGAGAGAUUUCCCUUCGAUGUGCACGGUCUGAGAAAGAUAUUUUGAGAAUUGAAAACAAACACACACAGUGCCCACGCCAAACGUGCGCACUCGUGCUAUUCCCUUCCUUCUCUUUACUUUCCGUCUUUUUCGAAAACACCAUGUGUUGUUUCGUUUCCUGACAGCCACUUUCUCUAGCCGUCUUCAAUUGUGAGUACAAUGAAAACCUCUUUCCUUUCAUCUUUAAUCCCACAAGUUCCGCAGAUAUUGUUCUACUUAUGUCGAUUUCGGGAAUAAUCGCGUCAUUUUCGCAGCAUCGACAAGAAAAUUUUAACUCUUUGAGUGUGUAGCAUGUGAAAGCUAAAUAAGUGCUAGGAAAGAAAUAUUUUUGGAUUGUUGUAAGUCAAAAUCUGUGAAAAAAUUAACAUUUCGAAAAAUCCAAAUCAAUGGGCAGAAAUAAAUAAAAUCUAAUUUAUCAGCGUCGCUCAGAUACGCAAAAAGAACACAAGUGCCCAUCGUAAUAGUUUAUAACCGUUACUUGUAUAGGCCGAAGAAAUUCGUUAAACACGCGUACAUGUGUCCACAGCACUCAAAAAAUUAAUUGCCGCGAAAAGUCAACGCUACACAAAGUCUGAGAAGAAAAAAAGAGACCGCACGGAAGAGACGGCGAAGGAAAUCGACAAACACGCGCUCGUUCGAUUAACGACUCUUCAUUGUGUAACGACGAGUAUGCAGAAUUGUGGUCGUCGUUACACCGCGUUUCGUGUCGUAAAUUGAAUCACAUCGAGCGUAUUUGCACAUCGAGCGGGAGAACGCAUUUUGUAUAAACGGUGAUUCGAUCUACAAACGAUUAACUUUGCCGUAUCGAUACUUUAUCGCUCUGAUUGCACUAUAUUAUAAAUUUUGCUAUGAGAGUUUCGUCGUGAUCGAUAUUAUCGUGCUUGUGUCAUUAUAUUCAUAAAUUAUGUAAUUAGGAAUAUAUUCGUCAAUAAUGUGUACGAAAUUAAUUGGGUAUUUCUUUCUUUUUUUCUUUCUAAAAAUUAACGAUUGUUACAAUAAUGAGCGUGAACUGAAUUAUAUGAGCGAUCGAAUAAUUUGCGGAAAAUGUGGAAAUGUAAUAAAUAUAUUUUUAUGUUGAUUCCAAUUAACAAAAAUUGAUUGCAUAUAAAGUUAAUACAAUGCUUCAAGUUAGAAAGAUUAUAUUCUUUAGAUUCUUUUUAAUUAUCGAUCACUGCCCGUAAAGAUACAAACGUAACGUACCAUAUCGAAACAGCACUACGUUCCCCACCGAGUAUGUAAAUAACAAUAAAGCAAAUAUUUUCCGUACUCGUUAGAAAGUGAAUGUUAACGAAUAAUUGCUAAACUUUUAUCCGUCAUAAGUCAUAACGAUCUUUAAACGAACAUACGACGCGGCUAUAAACUAGAGAGAAAUAUAUGGAUGUAAUGAAACAUUCUUUGUCAAUUGAUAAUACGCAGGCAAGGAUUAAAUGAUACAUUUAAUCUUAGAGAAACAAUCAACAGAGUGUGAACAAAGAGAAAGAAAGAAAGGAAAAGAUUUCCGUUUGUAUAAGAUACUUUACGCAUUUCAUUUCGGUUUGAUAAUUUCGAACAGUCACACGCAACGACAAAAUAAUUAUAAAUUGGCCGAUUAUUUUUACUAUAUUAUUUACAAUCCACGUGCAUAUUCAUUUAUUACGACAAAAAGAUAAUAAUACGAUUAAAAAUGAUGUGUAAUUUUAAUUUAUCUCAUAUGUUAAACAAGUUUUUAUCAAUGUUUCCUCUUUGAAAAGAUCUAACUUUGCGCGCGUGAAUGCCACUUUCGAUAUUUCAUUUUCAUAAUUUUAGUGUAUAAAUAAUUGUUCUGUGCCUUUGCGCGAAGAAAGGAUUAAAGUAUCUUAAUCUGUGUCUGCGAUCACAUAUAUGUGGGUUUUGUGUCGAAAGAAGCAAAGCAUGCUUGUAUAACUUGUUGUAAUAGACAUGUAUGUAUUAUUCCCGUUCAUAUAAGUGCAUAUGUGUAUACAGGAAUAUAUCAUAUAAAUAUCGUAGUAUAUCCCUUUCUCUCCUAUACAUGAAAAAAUUGACGAGAAAUAUGAAAUAUAUAUACUGUAUAAAACUUGAAAUUGUGACACACAUAUCCUCUUUCAUUAAAAAUAUAUAUAUUCCGCUAGAAAGACAAAGUAUUCCGCAAUACUCAUAAAUAGUAAGUAAGUUAUACACGCUGUGUUAGCGUAAUACGUAUUGUAAAUUUGUACAAUUCGUGUGCAAUGUGAAUUUAGAGAAAUUGUCAGAGAGAAUUAUUAUUAUCAAGAUAGAAUAUCUAAUAAAUCUAAGAGAAUUAUUAUUAUCAAGAUAGAAUAUUUAAUAAAUCAUAUAGAAAAUA